GAUGAAGACGAGUGACACGCCGGCGAUGCUCAUCUGAGAGACACUUGAACAAGUGGAAAUAGCUGCAGGAGAAGAAGAGGAGCGGAGCGGCUCUCGUGUCGGCGAGGCAGCCGCGGCGCACGUCUGAAACAUGAAGCCUUCUGCCGUCAUCUUCCUCCUCAUCGGCUCAGCGGCCUGCAUCAAUCUCAAGUACAUCUCCAAGAGGAACUCCGUGGACGGCUGCAUCGACUGGUCCGUGGACCUGAAGAAAUACCGCGUGCUGGCGGGCGAACCGGUCAGGGUCAAGUGCGCCCUCUUCUACAGCUACAUCCGCACCAACUACAGCAUGGCCCAGAACGCCAAGCUGAGGCUCAUCUGGUACAAGAACAAGGGCGACUCGGAGGAGCCCAUCAUCUUCUCGGGCCACCGGCUCAGCAAGGAGGAGGACUCCAUCUGGUUUCGCUCGGCCGAGCUGGAGGACAACGGCUUCUACACCUGCGUCCUCAGGAACUCCACUUACUGCAUGAAGGUGUCUAUGUCCUUGACCGUCGAGGAGAGCGAGGAGGGCCUGUGCUUCAACAGCAGAAUCCGCCACGUGGAGAAGGCCGAGAUCACCAAGAGCAAGAUGAUCACCUGCCCGGAUAUUGAGGAUUACCUGGCGCCGUACAAGCAACCCAAAAUGUCCUGGUACAAGGAGUGUCAGAAGACAACAUGGAGGAGCUCUAUUGUGGUGAACGCCACCCAUGUGUGGAUUCCUGAGGUGGAGGAGGAAGACGGCGGGAACUAUACCUGUGAGCUGCAAUACGGCAGCAGGGUGGUGAGGAGGACCACGGAGCUCAAAGUCACAGCUCUCCUCACCACGAGACCCCCGAAGGUGCUGUUCCCCAUCGAGCGACAGGCCAGCGUCAUCGACGUCCAGCUGGGAAUGCCCCUCAGUCUGAACUGCAGAGCCUUCUUUGGCUACAGCGGCGAGUCGAAACCCAUCAUCUACUGGAUGAAGGGGGAGAAGUUUGUGGAGGAGCUGGAAGGUCACAUCAAGGAGAGCGAAGUCAGGGUCCUCAAGGAGUUCCUGGGCGAGAAGGAGGUGGAGCUCUCGCUCACCUUUGACGCCGUCGAGGAGACCGACAUGGGCAACUACACGUGCUACGUGGAGAACCACAUCGGGCGGCGACACGCCAGCGCCAUCCUGCACAAGAGAGACGCCUACAGGUUGGAGCUCGCUGCCGGUCUGGGUGCCAUCCUGCUGCUGCUCGGUCUGCUCACUGCCAUCUACAAGUGCUACAGCGUGGAGAUCAUGCUCUGCUACCGGCGUCAUUUUGGCAGCGACGAGACGGAGGAUGACAACAAGGAGUACGACGCCUGCCUGUCCUACAGCACGGUGGACCAGGACUCUCUGGGGCGCUCCAUGAGCGAGGAGGAGCAGUUCGCCCUCGAGGUCCUUCCCGACGUUCUGGAGAAGCACUACGGCUACAAGCUGUUCAUCCCCGACCGCGACCUCAUCCCCAGCAGCAUCUACAUGGAGGACAUGGCCCGGGGGCUGGAGCAGAGCCGCAGGCUCAUCAUCGUCCUCACGCCCGAGUUCGUGGCCAAGCGUGGCUGGAGCAUCUUCCAGCUAGAGUCUCGACUCCACAGCAUGCUGGUGAUGGGCGAGAUCAAGGUGAUCCUCAUCGAGUGCGCCGACCUGCGCGGCGUCAUCAACUACCAGGAGGUGGAGGCGCUCAAGCACACCAUCAAGCUGCUCUCCGUGGUCAAGUGGAAGGGCCCCAAGAGCAACCAGCUGCAGUCGCGCUUCUGGAAGCAGGUGCAGUACGAGAUGCCCGUGCGGAGGAAGGAGACGCUGUCCCGGCGCCAGGUGCUCGACUCGGGCGAGCAGGGCCUCUUCGGCGACCUGCAGACCGUCUCCACCAUCGCCAUGACGACCACCUCCGCCUCGCUGGCGCCCGCCCACGCCGAGAUCCCGGACUUCAACCAGGCGAGCCACCCGCAGAUGAGACACUUCUGCCGCAGCUACGAGUACCAGCUGCCGUCGUCGCCGGUGCAGAUCGGCACGCUGGGCGGGCGCCGCGUCUACUGCAGCAUCCCCAUGACGCUGCUCAACGGCCAGGCGUCGCAGAACAGCACCGGCGCCAAAGGCAAGGGCGAGCUGCACUUGAACAGCACCUUCGUGCCGCUGUCCGGCCGGGAGCUCACCAGUGACAUCUGGUAGACGUGCGUGCGUGCGUGGCCACCCGCCGCUCGCCGUCGCCAUGGAAACCUUUUCUUAUUUGCAUGAAGACUCGUUUAACAAAUAAAUUAAAAAAAAAACACAUACACAAGGAAUACUUUUAAAAGAUACAGAAGCGCAGGAUCUGCCCCGGACUUUUUCCAUUCGCUGUUCGAUGUUUCGGGAUUUUAUUUAUUUCUCUCACUUUUCUUUACUCUCGUUUUGUCUCCGUCGCCAGUAAAAUGAGGGUCACAGCAGGUAGAAUUUUCCUACUUGAAUUUCUCCUUUUCGGAGAUGCUAAAUAUACGACCUUGUUUUUUAAAGUCCAAGGUGUCGUUCCUAUGUACAGCUCUCCUGUCCUCCAGAAACACGCGAAGCAGCCUGCCUGAGGUUUUUGGAGGUGUGCGAGUGUGCGUGUGUGCGUGUGUGCGUGUGCGUGUGCGUGUGCGUGUGCGUGUGUGUGUGUUGCCACUUUCAUUGCUUCCUGGUCAGGUUUACGUCAUGGCAGCACAAAUCUGUAAUGAGGGACUGAACACAUUCUUUGUGAGCUUUAAAAUAUAUUAUUAUAUUUAAGCAAAAGUACCAUGUUUGAAUUUACACACGGUAUUGUCAUAGU